GGGAAAGUUCAGUUCAGAUACACAUAUUUUAAAACACAUCUAUAAACAUUUUAAAAAUAUAUUUUUAUUGAAAUUUUACUUAUAGAGAAUGAAGUAUCAACUGCGCACUAUUUGACUCAUACCCACCAAAGUUCUAUAUCGUAGUCUAAGGGGGUGGUCUGGUUGAACGCUGUGGAAGCUUGGAGCUGGAGUCAUACAAACAUUCUACUGGUUGAGGAUAUCCUGUAAGGACUCAAGUAUCUUACUGUCUGGAGGAGGUGGAACUGGAUGAAAGUCUCUGACGUGAAACAGUGAUCAGUUAUCUUCACACAACGUCUACUAGGAGUUCCCUACUACUGAAUUAUCUGAAGAAGAAAAACAUUCUGGGUGAUUUUGGAACAUUUGUUGUACUCAAGUGGAUGAGGCAGUUCUACUGAUUUAGCUGUACUCAAGUGGAUGAGGCAGUUCUACUGAUUUAGCUGUACUCAAGUGGAUGAGGCAGUUCUACUGAUUUAGUUGUACUCAAGUGGAUGAGGCAGUUCUACUGAUUUAGCUGUACUCAAGUGGAUGAGGCAGUUCUACUGAUUUAGCUGUACUCAAGUGGAUGAGGCAGUUCUACUGAUUUAGUUGUACUCAAGUGGAUGAGGCAGUUGUUCUGAUUGCCGUAUAUAUUUUUGUGGAGUAUGGUUUUGGAUUAUGCUCUUUUGGAUUUAAAUUUUUGGGGACGUGAAUAAUGUAUAAAUCAACAAUCGAAAUGCUGAAAUGUAACGGGUUUUUUUAACACUUUGUGUGGCAUCAGGGAUUCUCUUGUGUGUAUCCGCCGUCGCCGAGGACCAGAAAUGCAGCAUAAACGUAACCGAGGCCGACAGCAGUCUGGAAUCUAUAACGUUAAGACUGACUACGGAGGGACAGCAGUGUAACUUCACUGUGGUAUCUGUGGACAGUAGCUCUGUAGUAACACACUGUGUGGAGGAACUGAAGGAAAACAAUAUGUUUCAAUGCCAGGUAGUGAGUUUACAACCUGGAACAUCACACACCCUGCAAAUCAUGUCCACCACAGAUGAACAACGGGCCAAUGUCACCCUGCAGACCAGUCCAUCGACAGUCAGUGGCCUACAGGUGUCUGGGACAUCAGACAGCCUGGGAGUUUCCUGGCAGCCUGGCCCAGGGAGGACUGAGCGCUUCAGGCUACUGCUCACCGACCGAGUGGGUGUGGUGAGGAAUCUGACUCUGGAGAGCACCGCUAAAGACUACACCGUCACCGACCUGGUGCCAGGGCGCGUGUAUAACAUCACCAUGGUGACGGAGGCAGGGGGACGCCAGAGUACCACCUCAAGACAAAUACAGACGGUGCCCUAUGCCAUCUCCAACCUGAAGCUAGAGAACAAUAACACCCAGGACAGUUUGAGGGCAUCAUGGAGUCAACCCCAGGGUGAUGUGGACUCUAUAGUGGUGACCCUGUCCUCGUCUGGAACCAUCCCUCUGGAGAAGACCCUGUCCUCUGACACCACAAAGGCCCACUUCCACCAGCUGACACCCGGACGGACCUAUCAGGUGUCUGUCGCCACCAAGAGCGGAGAGCUCUCCAACCAAUCAACUGCCUCGGCUAACACAGUCCCAGGUAAAGUGUCCCAGCUCUCUAUGGAGGCGCUGGAUGACUCCAACUCUCUGAAGGUGAUGUGGGCUCCCCCUGGUGGAGACUGGGAUAAGUACAGGGUGCUGCUGUUAAAUGGGACCCAGACUCUGGAUAACAGGACCGUGGAGAAAGGGGUGGUGGAGUACACCUUCUCUGGCCUGGGACUGGUUCCUGGGAGGACCUACAGGGCUGGGGUCAUGGUGGAGAGCACUGGGGAGCAAGGCACUGUGGAGUACUGCCAGAGAGGAAUAGCUCCUAAGCCGGUCUCAGAGCUUCAUAUCCGCCAUGCUGACGAGACCUCCCUCAGCGCCCUGUGGAGUCACGCCCUCAACUCAGCCAGGGACGGCUACGCCGUGGAGCUCCGCCAUGGCAAUGCCACGGUUGCCACGAGAGACCUGGCCCGUGACAUGAGGGAGUGCACCUUCAACGUGCUCAUGCCCGGACGCGUGUUCACCAUUACCGUGACAACCAAGAGCGGGGAGCUCAACAACUCUGUGUCGGUGCUAGGGAGGACAGUACCUAUGGAGGUGAGGCGUGUCCACCUGAGCAACCAGGGCCACGUGGACAGUUUACAGGCCAGCUGGGAACUCCCUCCUGGAGAUCUGGACUUCUGCAGCCUGCAGCUCCUCCACAACAACCGGGCUGUGCAGAACCACACCGUCCCAGCCAACACCACCUCUCUGCAGCUCAGAGACCUCAGGCCUGGCGCCUCCUACAGGCUGGUGGUCAGUACUGUCAGUGGUGGGAUGGUUUCGAAGCAGGCCGUGGCUGAGGGACGCACUGUACCAGCUGCGGUCGGAGAAGUUACGGUCAGUAACAACGGUCGUCCAGACUUCCUGGGGGUGUCGUGGCAGCCAGCGGUCGGAGAUGUGGACAGUUACCUGGUCCUACUGAAGGACCGCGACAGGACCAUACACAACCUGGUGGUUUCUAAGGCAAGCCCAGAGUGUGUGUUUAACUCCCUCAAGUCAGGGAGGCUGUACGCCGUCUCCAUAGCAACCCGCAGCGGCAGCUUCCAGAACAACACGGUGGUGACGGCUCGUACACAACCCUCCAGUGUCCAGAACCCCAACGCCAUCCACUCUGCCAGGGACGACUUCCUGAAAGUCUACUGGCGCCAUGCGUCUGGAGACUUGGACCGUUACGAGGUGGUCAUUAAGUACAACAACACGGUCGUCCAGAACCAGACGGUGGCGCGGUCGCAGAACGACUGUGUGUUCAGCUCCCUGGUCCCCGGGAGGCUUUAUACGGUCACUGUCAGCACCUGGAGCGGAGAGUACCAGUCCAGUGUUUCUACUGACGGGAGAACGUUCCCCUCUGCGGUGCGGAGCCUGGCCCUCGGUGACAGUGGUACAGGUGAUCUGGUGGUCACAUGGUCUCCAGCGCUGGGGGACGUUGAUCACUACGAGGUCCAGAUCCUCUUCAACGACACGCGGGUUUACCCACCCGUAACCCUGGGCAACGAGGCCCGUGACCACCGCCUGGCCUCGCUCACCCCGGGACGCCUGUACAAGAUGGUGGUGUCCACCUUCAGUGGACCCAACCAGAGACCUCAGUUCAUCGAGGGCAGGACAGUCCCCAGCCAGGUGAGGAACCUCCAUGCCCGGCCAGGGGACCAGGCUGCCAGCCUGAGGGUGUCCUGGACCCCUGGUGAUGGAGAUGUGGAUAUGUACAUUGUGUCCCUAUCCCAGGGAUCACACCUUCUGGAGACCAGACCUGUCCCCAAACACGUCACUGAGCUGGACUUUCAGGGUCUGGUACCAGGACAGCUGUACGGGGUUGAGGUUCAGUCCCUGAGUGGAAUACUGGUCAAUAAUUCAACAACUACUGGACGAACAGUCCCCUCCACAGUGACAGCGCUCCAGGCAGACAGUGACCACACCACCCACAGUCUAACAGUGACCUGGGAGACUACAGUGGGAGUGUACGAGGGUUAUAAGAUCCAGCUCCUGGAUGAUGGACGUGACUUAGUCUCUAAUAUUUCCAUGCCCCAGGGCUCCACCAGGCACCUCUUCGACCAGCUCACACCUGGGAAGUGGUACCGAGUUCGGGUCGUAUCCGUCAGCGGAGGGAUCUACGGCAAGGAGGCCGUGGCUGAGGGACAAACACGUCCAGCUGCAGUCAACGGUCUGACGGUGAUGACUGCCAACACCAGUGGUCUGAGUUUCAUCUGGCGCCCGUCCGAGGGCUACGUGGACGGUUACGACCUGUUCCUGUAUAACGUUGACGAGACGUUGCGUGGCCGUCAGACCGUGGAGGCCGGAACCCAGACGUGCUCCUUCUCUGGUCUGGUCCCAGGGACGCUGUACAAGAUGGAGGUGGUGAGCAGGAGCAGAGGCAUGAGCAGUGACUCAUCUAUCCUGGCGCGGACAGUCCCAGCCCCAGUGCGCUCUCUCCACGUCCAGGGUGGUAAGCGUACUGACCGUCUCUCCAUCAGCUGGCUGCCUGGGGCAGGGGAGUGGAGUGGGUACCAAGUGGUCCUGUACGGUGGCCUGGAGGGCUCAACCACUACCCUGGCCGCCCAGGAGCUGGGCAUGGAGCAGAGAGAACACCUGUUCCAGGGACUGGUACCUGGCCGUGUGUACCGGGCUGAGGUGGUCACACACAGUGGAGAGCUGACUAAUGCUGUGUCUGCAAAGGGAAGGACGGACCCAGAGCCUCCCUCCAUGGUAUCCUUCAGGGACAUCAGUGGUAACAGCUCUGUAGAACUGACCUGGGAUGGUCCCGCCACUGGUGACUACGACACCUUUGACCUCCAAUGGGCUCCCAGAGAUGCCCUGUCAAUCACAGCGCCUCAGCCAACCAGCCGCAUCCUGGAUGGGAUGUUCCCGGGACGACUGUACAACUUCACCAUCCGCACUGUCAGUGGGGGAGGAGCCAAUGGCGGGCCUAUCGCCAACAGCCAGCCAAUCCAGAGGAGCCUCAGAACAAACCCAUCCAGACUGCGGAACAUGCAUUGUUUCCCCCAGAGUUCCUCAUCCAUCUCCUGUUCCUGGACCUUCCCUGACUCCCACUGGGACUCCUAUACCGUGGAGGUGCGUCAGCAGGACAGCUGGGAGCUGGUGUACGCCCUGCGUCUGGCCCAGGAUAGUACCUUACUCAGCCUGGAGAACCUACAGCCUUACAGGAGAUACAACGUGGCUGUCAGAGUGGCCUCCGCAGGACUCAGCAGCCCCGCAGUGGAGGAGAACGUGGUCACCAUGAUCGACCGUGAGUAACUACCUAUACCGGCUGACAACCGGAGUUGUAUCAUAGACCCCAUCCAAGAGUAGAGUUUAUCUGCUGUAUGAUCCAGACCCACAAUCACCAUGACAACAAACCAGGUCACCACACAGAACCACCACAACAGAUGACGCCAAACAACAUCCGAGUGACACAAUGGUUGAUGGGAUUUAGCUGUCUC